AAGUGCCUCAACACUUCCUCUUUGAAAGGUCGAUACUCCAAUGGUCUGCUUCAAACCACCGACUAGUCCACAACAAACGGCGAAGAGGAAACCAAGACGGGAAGCUAAGAGGAGAGGCAGGGCAUCUAAUCAUUUCCAGAGGAUCUGCUUGUUUUAAGGGUGAAUUGAGAGCUCACAUCCUUCAGCAACAUGGGGGAACUCUUCAGGAGUGAAGAGAUGACGCUGGCUCAGCUCUUCCUCCAGUCAGAAGCUGCCUACUGUUGUGUCAGUGAACUGGGAGAGAUUGGGAUGGUGCAGUUUCGUGAUCUAAAUCCUGAUGUGAACGUGUUCCAGCGAAAGUUUGUUAAUGAAGUACGGCGAUGUGAAGAGAUGGAUCGCAAACUGAGAUUUGUGGAGAAAGAAAUUAAGAAGGCGAACAUCCCAAUUGUUGACACAGGAGAAAACCCUGAAGUCCCCUUUCCAAGGGACAUGAUCGACCUGGAGGCCACAUUUGAGAAGCUUGAGAAUGAACUGAAGGAAAUAAACACAAACCAAGAGGCACUAAAGAAGAACUUCCUGGAACUUACUGAGCUCAAGCACAUUCUGCGUCGCACACAACAGUUUUUUGAUGAGAUGGAGGACCCCAGUUUACUGGAGGAAUCAUCCAUCCUCCUGGACCCCAGUGAGGUUAACAGGGGGGCUCCUCUCAGACUUGGAUUUGUAGCUGGAGUCAUUGGCAGAGAACGUAUCCCAACAUUUGAGAGGAUGCUGUGGAGGGUUUGCAGAGGAAAUGUGUUUCUAAGGCAGGCAGACAUUGAAGAUCCUCUGGAGGACCCAACUACAGGUGACCAGGUCAACAAGUCUGUCUUCAUCAUCUUCUUCCAGGGAGACCAACUGAAGAAUAGAGUCAAGAAGAUCUGUGAGGGGUUCAGAGCGACCUUGUAUCCAUGUCCAGAAACACCCCAGGAGAGGAAAGAGAUGCUAGCAGGAGUGAAUGCUCGCAUUGAUGACCUGCAAAUGGUGCUGAACCAGACCGAGGAUCACAGGCAGAGAGUCCUGCAGGCCGCAGCCAAGACAGUCAGAGUGUGGUUCAUCAAGGUGAGGAAGAUGAAGGCCAUCUACCACACCCUCAACCUCUGCAACAUUGAUGUCACUCAGAAGUGUCUGAUCGCUGAGGUGUGGUGUCCCGUCUCUGACCUGGACUCCAUCCAGUUUGCCUUGCGCAGGGGGACGGAGAAGAGUGGCUCCACUGUGCCUUCCAUCCUCAAUAGGAUGCAGACCAAGCAGACCCCACCCACCUACAACAAGACGAACAAGUUCACCUCAGGCUUUCAAAACAUUGUGGAUGCCUACGGAAUCGGCAGCUACCGUGAGAUUAACCCUGCACCAUACACCAUCAUCACCUUCCCUUUCCUAUUUGCGGUCAUGUUUGGUGACCUGGGGCACGGGGUACUCAUGACCUGUGCUGCCCUCUACCUUGUGUUGAGAGAGAGCAGGCUGAUGGCCCAGAAGAACGAUAAUGAGAUGUUCAGCAUGGUGUUUGCGGGGCGCUACAUAAUCCUGCUGAUGGGAAUCUUCUCAAUCUACACGGGCAUCAUUUACAACGACUGCUUCUCCAAGUCCCUCAACCUGUUUGGCUCUGGCUGGAGCGUCAGGCCUAUGUUUGAUGCUCGAGUAGGAGGCAACUGGUCGUUUGAGACACUUGACGGCAAUAAAGUUUUGCAGUUGGACCCCACAAUAGACGGAGUGUUUAAAGGGCCAUACCCCAUCGGCAUCGAUCCAAUAUGGAACAUUGCGACCAACAAGUUGACAUUCCUGAACUCCUUCAAGAUGAAGAUGUCCGUUAUCCUGGGAGUCAUCCACAUGCUGUUUGGAGUCACUCUCAGUCUCUUCAACCACCUGUAUUUCCAGAAGCCACUGAAUAUCUACUUGGGAUUUAUCCCAGAGAUUGUCUUCAUGUCCAGUUUGUUUGGCUACCUAGUCAUUCUGAUCUUCUACAAGUGGGUCUCAUACAAUGCUCGUACCUCCAGGGACGCUCCCAGUCUCCUCAUUGCCUUUAUUAACAUGUUCCUCUUCAACUACAAUGACCCCAGUAACAAACCUCUCUACAGAGGACAGAUGGGUGUACAAUCACUCUUGGUGGUCAUAGCCUUGGCAUGUGUUCCCUGUAUGUUAAUAGUGAAAACUCUGGUUCUGCGCAGACAGUACCUUUGGCGGAAACAUUUGGGUACACAGAACUUUGGAGGGAUCCGGGUAGAAAACGGUCCCACUGAGGAUCAGGCUGAAAUCAUCCAGCAUGACCAGCUCUCGCAGCACUCUGAGGAAGAACCUGAGCGUUGCCUUUUGUCACCUGCUUUCAAGGCCCACGAGGAGGAAGAGUUUAACUUUGGGGAUGUGGCAGUGCAUCAGGCAAUCCACACCAUAGAGUACUGCCUGGGCUGUAUCUCAAACACUGCCUCCUAUCUGAGGCUUUGGGCCCUCAGUCUGGCUCAUGCACAGUUGUCAGAGGUGCUGUGGUCCAUGGUGAUGCACAUUGGCCUUUCUAGCAGCAGCCUUGGAGGCUUCAUCCUUCUGGCCAUAGUCUUUUACUUCUUUGCUGUUCUCACAGUUGCCAUUCUCCUCAUUAUGGAGGGCUUGUCAGCCUUCCUGCAUGCACUGAGACUGCACUGGUAAGUUGAGGAAUAGCAUGUGUUAAUUUUUUUUAUGUGUAUAUAUUGCAUUUACUUGAUACUAUGAUUUUUCUAGCUCUUAAAAUUAACUAAUCACAGUUUCAUGAGCUACAUUGUUCAAGCUUAUAACAAAUGUUCAGUUUUUAUUUGUAUGAAAUGUGUGCUGAUUCAACUAUUUUAAUAACAGGUUAAUAUUGGUGUGUAUUGAAUUGCGUUAUAACAAAAUGUGUUAAAGAUGAGGACUCAACAGCCAAAUGAUUGUAAGCUAUAGGUAUAGCUCCAUCUGCAGGCUAAAACCUUUUUUAACUUUACUAAUUGUCUGUGGCUGCACAAAAAAAUGUACCAAUGAGAGUUUGUCACUGAUAUAACAUAUUGGUCACUAUUUCUUUCAAUUUGAGGAAUUGGAACCAAAAUAUAGAUUAUGUAGCUAUAAUAUCUAAAUGUUCCAACCUUUGUUGGAGGCACUGCUGCCAGUAACCAGCAGUCACAGUGUGCCAGUCAACCAAGGUGUGUCCCAAUUAGAAAUCGACAAAUUGUGGUUCCCUUUCAGACACACUCUUCCCUGUCCUGUGACCUAAAUCAUGUCUGGCUCUUGCCAGUGUUGUGUUUUCCAUUUAUGCUGCAUGUGUGGCGUGCGGAGCAGUCCGUGACUCCUUAGUAUGGUACAGACAAGCUCUGUUGUCCCCUCAUCAUUGUCUUUGUCUGGCUUCCCUGAAUGUCAUCCUGGUCUCAUAAUCCACUGGCACAUUUACAGAGCGUGCCUGUGCUAGAGCCACUCUUCUCUAUAAUUGUCCUUCACACAGGAAUGCUGGGUGACUCAGCUUUCACUAAAUGGCCUUCGGGGACAAUCAGGUGCAAUUUUGAGCACAUGGAGGCUUCUAAUAAAACAACAACUGUGAUAUUUUAUUUCCAGUGGUUCUGGAAACUAUUGAAUAUAGUCAUGUGAUUUCCCAGGUCGGUUGACCAAAGUAGAGGUGGAAAAAAAAAGGACAUGCUUGUUGACCUUCCACUUUUAUGUGGUUAUCUGUCUAGAGAUUCUUGCAGUUGCUGAGAUAUCUUAACCAUCUUACAGCAUAUGCACCAGUUACCUAAAACAGUCGUAAGAUAGCGCUUAUAAUUUUAAAAUGAUACAAGUAUGAAUGAAAUCAAAGGAUACCAAGAUAUUUAGGCUUGAGGAUCCCUUCAAGUCUUUUUAUCUUUGGUAUCCAUUUUGAUUUCAUUUUCAACACUGGUACAUUCUCAGAGCAUUUUCGCAAGAUAAAGUGCAGGAAGUUAUGUACAGUACAGACAGACUGUGGAAUGGCAAGUAUUUGUGGGUCCUCAGUUAAAAGGUCAUCCAGCCAUCACUUAACGCUGGCCUUUUAAAAAUAGCGCAUGAUCAUUUUCCAGAAGGGAAGAGGGCUUAGGUAACUGGCCUUAGGACUGGGUCCAGGCACAAAGAUGUAGACAUGAGUGGGUGCAGGUCGGGUGCAGACUGUGGAAUGAAGAGCAGGGGUCACCAGCCACGACUGCUCUGCUCAGCACUACCCGACCUGACAGUCAUCAUCGCUAUGUGCCUGACUGUGUUUUUGUGUUAACAGACUUCCUGGUCAUUGUUUUUUGAUUGGAUCUUUAUUUUCUUUGCAGGGUGGAGUUUCCAAAACAAGUUUUACUCAGGCCAGGGCUUCAAGUUCCUCCCUUUCACCUUCGAAAGCAUCUUGGAUGGGAGGUUUGAAGACUGAGAUCUGACAACUCUUCUUCUUCUAUUAAUGUCACUCAUCUAUUGAGUGGUGUGGUGUUGAAUAGUGAUUUUUGAGUUUUCCAAUAUCCUGGGUGUUACCACAAAGUCAUGAGUGACCCUCCACAAGAUUAUCUAUCAGACUUUUCAACUUAUCAUUUUCAGAAUCAUUAUCUAAAUCUGGAACAUCUACUCAGAAAUUACUAUUCAUUCAUUCCAGAGAAAAAUAGCAUUAACUAUAAUCUGUUUUGUGUCUUGUCUUGGUGAAGUCAUUUUGUCUUAUCUGUCUUUUAUUUAGUUUAAUAUUAUUUAUGCAAAUUCUUAUAAAACCCGCAUUUUUCCUAUGGGGGAGUGUUGCAAUACCGAUCAUUAUAAACAAAUCUGCAAAUUUCUUGACUGAUGAUGCUGAUAAAUGCUUAUUCAGAGUCAAGUGACAGAAGGUCUUUUCCACACUGUUGUAUCCAGAUUGUCACUUUCUCUUUGUAUUGGCAUUAUUCUUCAGCAACAAUCAACAUCUUGUGCACUGAGCUCAUCUGUUUUAUUUAAAAAAAAACACACACUCAUGUUGCACUAGCAGAUGCCUCUCUUACAGUGCAUCCUGACCUCUGACAUAGAGCUAUAAAGGUCUAAAGGGAAUUCAAUUAAUCCUUCAUCAGGAUGUCAGUCAGAUCUUUGAAAAUGAAGAUGAACAGUUUAAUCUUGCGUUGUGCUCUGACAUUACUACAGAUCUGGAGAGAAAGAAGGGGAAUCUGUACAUAGAUGUUCUGUAGCAAUCAAACAUGCUAAAAUGAUUUGACAUUAUCAGUAUUGCUGAUUUUUGUUCCUCGUCUAAAUUUCAUUUGUAUGUUUAACAUUUAAAAUGUUUUCCUCACACUUAGUAAGAGUGGCAUACAGCAGGCAUGUUCAAAUAGAUGGUUGGGCACCCGCAUUAAUUGUACAUCUCUGUCAAUAAAGUGGAAAGAGCUGGUUUAA